GAGGCGCAGCUCUCAGCAAACAAGAGUGUAGCGAGAGAGAGAGAGACAGAGGAAAACACUCUUGAUCUUUAUCUUUAGACAUUUUGUUGGUUUUGAGGCACUUUAGAAAAUGUGUCAGUGCCAGCAGAAAUGGGGGCUUAUAGUUCUCCAGCAGAUUCAUGGGUAAUGAUGACACCAAACAUUGCCACCUUUGUGCCUGUUGUUAAAUGCAAUGUGUGUGCUUUGUUGUUUUAAAAAGAAAAUAGCGUUAACGUAGCCGGUAGGAAUACUUGUGGAAUGAAACCAGAGACAUCUCCCUGAGCCGCGGACGCUUGUGAGCACCAAUUGGAGGAGUGAGUGACUUGUACCAAGUGACAGCUGAGUCAGUGGGAUCUUUGUUGGAGGGAGAGUUGUUAGCGUCGAGUGAGAUUGUCUUUUGUUUUGCUUUAUAUUUCUUGCUUGUGUCCGUUUAUGCAUCCACUUUGAAAAAAAAACAUGGCGACAAGAGUAGGCGGAGGGUACCCCAUGAACCCAGGGAGCCCUCUGAAUCCUUCCUUGGGGGCGAACCCAAUGAAUGCGAUGCCAGGACAAGCGGUGAGAAUGCCAAUGAACCUCCAGCAGCAGCCUCCAGGCUUCAGGGCGAUGGGUCCCGGCGGCGUUUACAACCGAGGAGGGAUGCCUCCAGGAGCUCGCAUGGGAAUGCCAGGAAUGCAGAUGGGAAUGCCAUCUGGCUCAUCUUUCAUGGGCAGCCCUGCUAUGAGACCAGGUAUCCCGCAGCCAAUGAUGGACCCGUUCCGGAAACGUCUGCUUCCACAGCAGCAGCCUCCACAGUCAAUGCAGAAUCGUGGGAGAGGUGUCAAGAGACGGAAAAUGGCUGACAAAAUUCUACCGCAAAGGAUCCGAGAGCUUGUCCCUGAAUCCCAAGCUUACAUGGACCUCUUAGCUUUUGAGCGCAAACUGGAUCAGACAAUCAUGAGGAAAAGGCUGGAGAUUCAAGAGUCUAUGAAGAAACCCUUAAUGCAAAAGCGUAAACUGAGGAUCUACAUCUCAAACACCUUCACUCCAGCCAAGCCGGAGGGUGAUGAAGGAGAAACUAUUGCAUCAUGGGAGCUUCGGGUGGAAGGAAAGCUACUUGACGAUCCUGGAAAAGUGAAAAGGAAAUUCUCAUCCUUUUUCAAGAGCCUGGUUAUCGAAUUGGACAAGGAUCUCUAUGGACCGGACAAUCACUUAGUGGAGUGGCACCGAAUGCCCACAACGCAGGAGACAGAUGGCUUUCAGGUGAAGAGACCAGGAGAUGUGAAUGUAAAGUGUACCCUGCUAUUGAUGCUGGACCACCAGCCCCCACAGUACAAACUGGACGCCAGGUUGGCACGAUUACUGGGUGUCCACACUCAGACACGGGCAAAUAUCAUGCAGGCACUGUGGCUGUACAUAAAGAAGAACAAGCUGCAAGAUAGCCAUGAAAAAGAAUACAUCAACUGCAAUCGCUACUUCAAACAGAUCUUUAACUGCAUGCGAAUGAAAUUCUCUGAAAUUCCGAUAAAGUUGGCUGGUCUCCUGCAGCACCCAGAUCCCAUCAUUAUCAAUCACAUGAUUAGUGUGGAUCCUAAUGAUCAGAAGAAAACAGCAUGUUAUGACAUUGAUGUAGAAGUUGAUGACCCUUUGAAGAGUCAAAUGAACAACUUCCUCCUUUCAACAACCAAUCAGCAGGAAAUUGCAGUGCUGGAUAUUAAGAUUCAUGACACAAUUGAAUCUAUCAAUCAGUUGAAGAUCCAACGUGACUUCAUGCUGAGCUUCAGCAACCACCCACAAGAGUUCAUCCAGGAUUGGAUAAAGUCACAAUGUCGAGAUUACAAGAUUAUGACUGAUGUCAUUGGAAAUCCAGAAGAGGAGAGAAGGGCUGAGUUUUAUCAUGAGCCAUGGACACAGGAAGGGGUUGGACGAUUCAUUUUCUCAAAGGUUCAGCAACGCAGACAAGAACUGGAACAAGUACUAGGAAUCCGUAUCACUUAGAGCCUUGGAAAAGGAGGCUGAAAUGUUAUUUCAUUCCAAAGAGCUAAUGGUUCCUUAAAAUAUGACCAAGACAACCACGGUUCUAAUUUUACAACCAUGUUAUGGAGCAGUUCCAGUAAAGCACCAACAUAAAUACUCUAAUACUGGUUUAUGCACUGCAUUCCAUGAGUGGAUUCAUGGGAACUCUGAAGCCCUUAAGCAGAGUUGUACUUAAGAAAUACAAAAUGUUACUAGUUCACUGACACUCACUGGGUGGAAGUUUCAACAUGAAAAAAUGUCAGAUACAUUUUACAGGCACUGCUGUACAGGUACAAAAACGCUUAUGUCUAUAUGCAUUGCAAUUUGGUGCUUCUGUUCUAUUUGGGACCACAUUUGUACCAGAGCCAAUAAAGUUAUGUAAAAGUCUCCUAUAGAGAUUCUUGCAUUGGAAAGAGACCAUAACAAA